AUGGCAGAUGUUCUCGAUCUUCACGGAGAGAAUGACUUUGAAGAGGAUCAAGAUGGAGACCAUGGUUUGAUGAAAUUAAAAGAGAGUGCUAAGAAAAGAAAAGGGAGAGGAUUUGGAUCUGACUCAGUGGGAACUACUAAAGAGAGCUAUGAAUCUAUCGGAGCAGAUGAUGGUGCUUCAAAAUCAGGACCACAAAGAUCCGUUGAAGGUUGGAUCUUAUUUGUUAGGAAUGUACAAGAAGAAGCCACAGAAGAAGAUAUCCGGGAUAAAUUCUGUGAAUAUGGUGAUAUAAAAAAUAUACACUUGAAUCUUGAUCGGCGAACUGGUUAUUUGAAGGGAUAUGCUUUGGUGGAGUAUGAGAAUUUCAAAGAAGCACAUACGGCUAUGGAACAUCUGAAUGGUUCCGAGUUAAAUGGUCAGAAGAUCCACGUAGACUGGGCUUUCACUAAAGGUCCGAGUCAAGUUAAAACGCCAACCAAGCACAGAACACGUGAUCGUAGUCGAAGUCGUUCAGUUGAACGUGCUCGACGAUAA